AUGACAAAUGCAUUUCUUGAAGAGAACAAGAAGCAUAUCGAGAUUGAUCGUUGCUUGAUGUGCGAUUAUUUGAUGAAGCAGCAUAUUUCCUCAUCUAUUUUGGGGAAGUACAAGACUAAUUCUAUCACUUUCCUUAUGAUGGUGGUCUUCCUCUGCGUGGCAUGCUUAUCGCACACAAUGGACUGUUACACCGGAGAAAUAGACAGUGAAACUGGUCGUAGAAGGAUCAUGGAUGAAUUUGGAACUCCAUCCACCACAUUGAAUGCAGCUCCGGCUGCUGCUAAUGCAACACAUCUUGAUGAUACUCAAAUUAAGUCAUGCUCGGUGCUGAUAGAUGUGGAGGCUAAUGGAAGUGGAGUUCAAGUCCAGAGUGAGAAGAAUGGCUGUUCGAUCUGCUUAGAAGAAUACUGCGCCAACGACAAGUUUGCUCUCUCCCGCAUGCAUUAUUCAGCUGCCAUAUUUUGCAGCUUAAUCACCCAGAAAAUUGUUCCAGAUUUUGGAACUAUGGAUCUUACAAUCAAGCAUACUUUUCUCAUUAUUCUCAUAAUUUCCCCUGUUAUAAUCCACUCCAAAGGUUCGUGCCUGAAUUCAAGCUGUGGAAGCAGUUUGUUCCCAAUAAAGUACCCUUUCAAGCUAGAAACGGACGACCCACCAAUAAACUGUCACAACUCCAUCAAUCUGAGAUGUGAUGAUGAUGGCCGCACCGUGAUAUAUCUUCCUCGUUUUGGUGAUUUUUAUGUCACAGAUAUCAACUACAAUCUCAGAAUAAUAGCUCUGACAUAUGCAAAAAACUGCCUUCCAAGAAUGCUCAUGACAAAUUUUUCUGUGUCUCCUCUAGCUACCUUCUCUGUUGAGAAUUACACGUUUUUCGUGUGUGACAAAAAUCGCUUUACACGUCGGUAUGAGAUCCGAUGCCUGAGCAACUCCACUAAAGCAACUGUGGCGAUGACUAGAGAUUCAAGUGGGCAUGUUGAAGGGCUAGGAUGCCGGCCAAUAGUUAGCUCGAUGAUCCCUGUCCCGUUGUUAAAUGAAGACAAUGAUUGGCAGAAUCUUGAUCAUCUUGAACUAACAUGGAAUCUUCCUAGCUGCCAACAACAUUGUGAACUGCUGUAUGGUCAAGACAAACAAGGUGAAACCAAGAGCAGAUUGGCCAAAUUGAUCACGGGAUCAUCUGUCUUCAUUCCUUUAGCUGUUAUACUCACAACAUUCUUCAGCAUAGCUUGCAUCAUUCGCCUUCUGAAGCUCAUAGCCGGUGGCGCCACCACCACCACAGUGGCCCGAAACAUCCCAGAAGGUUCCACCGCAACAACAGUAGCACCACCACCGCCAGCCACUGCAGGCGGGCCCACCAGCGCCGAGGCCUCCAAAGUGGAGAGUUUCUCACAAGUGAUGGUUCUUGAUGAAGGGAAUCAAGAUACAGCAUUGAUGUGUUGCUCAAUAUGCCUUGAAGAAUACCAUGGCAAAGAUAGGGUGAGAAGUUUGGGUCAAUGUGGACACCUUUUCCAUGCAGAAUGCAUAGAUCAAUGGCUACUGAAAAGCAAUAGUUGCCCAAUCUGUAGAACUCCCCUUUCUGUUCUCUAA